CCCUCCGGUGUGGUCGCACAGACAGGCGACAUAUUCAUUCGUGAACUCCUCGACCGAAGAGGGACCUUCUUUAAAUCCAGUAAUAACUCCAGAGAACAGUUUUCUUGAUUGUUACCUGUUUCUUGUAGGACUAUAGAUUUUUUUUUGGUCGCAGGUGGAAUUCGUUCACAAACACAGGGAUCAGCUCUUGGCGGCUAGGCCUGCAGGUUCACCUCGGAAAACAGCCCGUGGGAAACAUCAAAACUACAAGAGGUCAAAGAAAGGAAAGGAGGGGAGAAGAAGGUCAGGCGUUUGAGGUCGUUUAGGUUUUAAUUUUAACAGUUUAGUCCAGGUGUUGACCCUUGAUGGACUACAUGGACAGUGGACUGAGAUACACCCCAAAGUCGGACAAAGACUGGGACACCUCUGUCCAGUUCCUGCCAGCGUCGGAUAACAAAAAGCUUGAGAAGAGCAAGGGUCCAGGAAGAGUUGGGGCUGUGAUCGGUGUGGUGAUCUUUGCUGCCGUUAUUGCUCUUAUGACCGGACUGCUCGUCUGGCAUUUCCACUUCCGUAAAGAUGUGCGGGUCAAGAGGAUGUACAGCGGCUCCAUGCGGAUCACCAACCAGGUGUUUGAAGACGCCUAUGAGAACUCCAACAGCACCGAGUUCAAAGCGCUGGCGAAGCAGGUGACCUCACAGCUUAAAGCCAUCUAUUCCAAGAGUCCACAGCUGGCCAAAUACUAUGUUGGUUCUACAGUUCAAGCUUUCAGUGAAGGCAGCGUCAUUGCCUACUACCUGUCUGAGUUCAGAGUCCCAGCAGGCCAAGAGGCGUCUGUAGACACCGCCAUGUCUUCAAUGGACAGGCUGGUGGACAAAGAGCAGCGCACCCUGCACAGACCUGGCAACUCCCUGGUCCUCGCGGAUGUGGUGUCCUCAGCACUCGAUGCCCGCCUGUUUUCAACAUCAUUCAGCAGAUUUUUCAAGUUUACCGAACACGCAAAGACCAAUCACAUAGAGCAGAUCCAGUCCCCCGGCUUCCCCGACAGCCCUUAUCCCUCCAACACCUUCAUCCAGUGGCAGCUGAGAGCAGACCCAAGCUACGUCAUCAAGCUCGAGUUUGACACCAUGAAUCUGGAAGAGGACUGCAAGAAUGAUUUUGUAAAAAUCUACGACUCCCUGGUGGCCAUUGAGAGCCGUGUUAUGGAAGAGAUGUGUGGGUACUAUUCACCCAGUGAACCACUGACCUUUCUGUCCUCGGGCAACGUCAUGCUGGUGACAAUGGCCACAAAUGACAAAAAGAACUACCCAGGUUUUAGAGCACAAGUCUCACAAGUCAAACGUGGAAGUAAAGGUACAACAUGCGGUGGCCAGCUGACAGGCGAAAAAGGAACCUUCUCUUCUCCCAACUUCCCAAAUUACUAUCCUCCUCAAACGUCGUGUCAGUGGUCAAUCCAGGUCCCUGCUGGUAAGGCAGUGAAGGUGACCUUCAAAAGGUUCUUCUUGUCUGAGCCCGGGCAGGAAAGCAGUAAAAGCUGCCGUAAAGACUACGUGGAGGUCAAUGGAAAGAAACUGUGUGGAGAACAUCCCGACGGAACAAUAACGGAAACCAGCAAAAACAACAAAAUGAACGUGAUGUUUUUCUCCGAUGCCUCCUACGUAGACCGAGGUUUUGAUGCAGUGUUUGAGGCCAUUGACGUCAAAGACCCUUGUCCAAAGCAGUUCCAGUGCAGCAAUCAGCGCUGCAUUAAGACAGAACUCAGGUGUGAUGGCUGGAAUGAUUGUGGAGACAUGAGUGAUGAGUUCAACUGCAAGUGCAAAGCAGACAAUAUCAAUUGUAAAAAUGGACUGUGUAAGCCCAUGUUCUGGAAAUGUGAUGGCAUAGAUGACUGUGGAGACGGCACAGAUGAGCUGAAUUGUGGUGGCUGUAAAUCAGGACAAAUAACAUGUAAGAACAACAAAUGCGUUUCUGAGAAGAAUCGCUGUGACGGCAGCGACGACUGUGGGGAUGGGUCCGAUGAGCUCGACUGUGCGAGAGUCUCUGGUGUGAGCUGCACUGAUCUCACAUACAGAUGUAAAAACAAUAAAUGCAUCAGUAAAGUGAACCCAGAAUGUGACGGCACACCGGACUGUGACGACGGAUCCGACGAGGAGAACUGCGACUGUGGGAGGAGUAUGUUCAAGACAUCGCGUAUUGUGGGCGGUCAGGAUACAGAAGAAGGGGAGUUCCCCUGGCAGGUCAGCCUCCAUGUCAAAAACUUCGGUCACGUGUGCGGAGCAUCCAUCAUCAGUCCACGCUGGCUGGUCACUGCUGCCCACUGCGUGCAAGAUGACGGCAAGACGAGAUUCUCCCAGCCCGGCACGUGGGAAGCUUACCUCGGCCUUCACACCCAGCGGAAGACUGGAAGCGCUGUGGUGAAGAAGAACCUGAAGCAGGUCAUAUCCCACCCUAACUACAACGCGUACACCUUUGACAAUGACAUUGCCCUGAUGGAGCUGGACAGUCCUGUAACGUACUCCGACUACAUCAGGCCCAUCUGCCUGCCGUCCCCACAGCAUGAUUUUCCAGCUGGAAACACUGUGUGGAUCACCGGCUGGGGUGCUACUCGAGAAGGAGGAUAUGCUGCAACAGUGCUCCAAAAGGCCCAGGUCCGAAUCAUAAACCACUCUGUGUGUAAUGAUUUGAUGGGAGGGCAGAUCACGUCUCGGAUGUUGUGUGCUGGAGUGCUGACCGGAGGAGUCGAUGCUUGUCAGGGGGACUCUGGUGGUCCUCUGUCCAGUCCAUCUGGAAAUCGUAUGUUCCUGGCAGGAGUGGUUAGUUGGGGAGAUGGCUGCGCUCGCAGAAACAAACCCGGUAUCUAUACAACAGUCACCAAAUUCCGUGGCUGGAUCAAAGAAAAGACAGGAGUUUAGAUCACUGUGAAAUGGUCGAACAAGGCCAAAGAUAUGGACAUGGGCAUGGGAUGAUGAGAAGUAGCACAGUACAGAUGUUGGUUCAGUAAAACAGCAGUCUGACUUUCAAGCUGCCCAGUCUGCUUGAAGACCAAUUGCUGCACAUUUUAUGUCUGCUACAAGUUUUAUAAGGGCGGGGUUGAUGAAAUGAAAUUUUUAAAUGUAAAUAAGUGUGUUAUUUUUUGUGUUUUUUUUUAAUUAUUUUUAGUUUAGCAUGUUUUGACGGAGAGCAUUAUUUGCUGCGCAAUAAGGAGAUUUUAGGUGUGAUUGUUACACAUGUACACAUAUGAAAUGUGCAUCCUUUUACUCUGUUGUCCUGUGUUUUUAUCAGAAGCCAUCAUAUGAAUUUCCCACUACUUUUUCUUGUUGUCCUUGUAAUGAAUUUUUUAAAUUAAAAACAAAAUGACAGCAAGCUCAGUCCACCCUACCUCCUAUGGCUUGGUAUCUCAUGCAUUUUAUUAUUGAUUUUUAGUCCAGCAGAAAUCUCUGUGAAGUUAGUGAUGUGGUUGUUCACUUCUGAAAGCAUUACCCUUCUCAUCAUGGAUGACAUUUGAACAUAUUAAUGCUUUUUUAUCAGCAUAACACACAGAGUAAAAUAGUAGGUUUGAAUUGAAUCAUUCGUGUUUAAUAUUUCAUCCACUCAACACGAUAUUAGAACAAUCUGUUCUGGUUAAUCUGUCUCUAAUCUGUGUAAAUGUGUA